AUGAAGAUCUAUUACAUAGGUAUAUUAAGAGUCAACAAGACUUCCAAAUGUUUAGAAUUAUGUUCAGCCAGAGAUUUAUCUCAAUUCUCAUUCUUUGAACGUAAUGGAGUUUCACAAUUCAUGACAUUCUUUUCAGAAACAGUAUCUCAAAGAACAGAACCAGGACAAAGACAAAGUGUAGAAGAAGGUAAUUAUAUCGGUCAUACAUACCUUAGAUCAGAAGGGUUGGCGUGUGUAAUUAUCACUGACAAAGAAUAUCCCGUUAGACCAGUAUAUACUUUAAUCAAUAAGGUUUUAGAAGAAUAUUUGGCAUUACAUCCAAGUAAUGAAUGGCAAUCGAUUGAUGAUACUAAUCAAGGAUUGAAUUAUGAUCAAUUGGAACAAUAUUUAAAGAAAUAUCAGGAUCCUAGUCAAGCUGAUUCUAUAAUGAAAGUACAACAAGAAUUAGAUGAAACUAAAGUUGUAUUACAUAAAACUAUUGAAGGGGUUUUACAAAGAGGUGAGAAGUUGGAUGCAUUGGUUGAUAAAUCAGAAGCAUUAUCUGCUUCUUCUAGAAUGUUUUAUAAACAAGCUAAAAAGACAAAUUCUUGUUGUGUUGUUAUGUAA